GUUGUGCUAUUUUUUUUAUCAUAGCUGCUGUGCUAGCUAAACGCAACAGGUAUGUGCCUAGCGGUCUGUCAUGUAAAACACACACGCACUCAUACCAACGUGCGUAUAUGCAGUCGCUGGGUACAUACUUGUUUGUUGUUAUUCAGCCAAACAAAUGUUCAUCGCCAACCACUGGCAGAUGAUAUUCUUUUCUUUUUGGUAAUUAUUCGAAGUCAAGCUUAACUCCCGUACGCAUAUAAACCCCCGCGACCAAGAAAAAAAAAAAAAAGAACAACAAAAAGAACCUGUGAGCAAGGAAAAAGAAAGAAAAAGUGAAAUUAAAUUGUACACAGCAAAGAAAUUAAGAACUGUUUGAAAUGUGAAAUUGUUUAAAAAUACUUACCAUCUAGAAAAUAAACAUACUUACCUAUAUUGUGAACCCUAAAUACCUACCUUGAAAUUAAAACAAAACAAAAACAAGAAGAAUACUUACCUAAGGAAAUUAGUGAAAUAAAAAUUGCAAGAAACACAAGAAAAAUUAUAAAAUUACUAACUACUUAUUAUCUACACUGUUAAAAUUUACCUACAUAUAUUUUCUUAAAACCUAAUUAUUGCACAAAGUGUUUAAACUAAUUUAUACUGCACUUACCUUAAUUUAUAUUGCACUUGCCUCGUUUUAUAUUGCACUUACCUAAUUAAGCUUAUACUACAUUGUAAAUAUUGCACAGUGGAACAAAAAAAAAUACAAACCUGUGAAAAUAAACAAAUUGAAUUGAAACAAAAAAAGCAAUCUAGUCUUGUGGAAAAAAAAAGGCAAAACCAAAGUUCGUAAAGAAACAUUUUGGUCCAUUCGGAGCCGAAUUUGUGAAAAAAAAAGUGUGGUUAUUUCAAAAAAAUUUUUAAAUUAAGUGGCCAUUUCGAAAAGUGUGAUUUUGGUGGUUCACAGACAUUAGUUGUGUUACAUCCCUUUGUGAAAAGCUAAAAUACAUUGGAAAAAGUAAAAAAUUUUAUUUUUUGUUUAAAAAAAAAAAAAUAAUAAUAAUAGAAAAUAAUCAAAAUUGUACAAGAGACAUUGUGAGCGUGCUGCAAGAUCAAUUAAUCUACACAACAACAAAACAAAAGCUCGGUUCGGGGUCGCGUUACAUAACAAGAGAUUGAUCCAGAAAUCUUAAAUCCGUUACGAGCAUUCCAGCAAUUCAGCCAUAAGGUUUUGAGCGGACGGACAUUGGAAGGCCGGCGUCUACAGACACACACACACACGUAUACCUCUACACAUACACUCAAACCUUACCUUCAAAGAAUGGCGGCCUACUUACCCCGUGGAGAUUGGCAAGAGGAGGAGGAAAGACCUCGCGAAAACAAUCGUGGCGCACGACACAAUGAAAGACGUGAUGGCAAUCGCCAGGAAAGAGGACAUCCUGGAGCGGACCGGGACUUGCAACGUGGGCGUGGUCGUCCAAGUACAUGGCAGUAUUCAUGUGGUCUUUGCCAAGAUGACCACGCUCUUAACUCAUGCCAGCGCUUUCGAGACAAAACCCCGUACCAACGGUACGAAACAGUGGAAAGGAGAGGCUAUUGUAGAAAUUGCCUGGCAAGAAGUCACCUAGCGCCAGACUGUACAAGCCUCACAGGGUGCCGCCGUUGUCAUGAUCGUCAUCACACCCUACUCCAUGGGGCCCCUCAACUCGAAGAGGCACCCCUCAAUAUAGACGUGCCUGUGACACCGCCCCGCUUCUUAUGGGACAUUGUUUUUGUGCCGACGGCCAUUAUACGCAUAACCGGUGAAGACGUCGACAGUUGGGCUUCUGUGCGAGUCCUGGUAAGCCAGUCCUCUAUAAUGUCCAGAAUCGCGUAUGCGACGUUCCGCCGGCUUGGUCUUCGAACGUUUUUGUACCAAGGUAAACGAUUUGCUAGCUUUAAAAUUAUGUCUCGCCAACCCACUAGCACUUGGGCGUUAAAGGUCAACGCGCUCAUCACGGACGAGCUGCCAAGACAACCCUAUUCCGACCCUCUUCUUCACGACCCGACCCGUGAUUUAACUGAUAGCUCACUAGCUGACCCGGACCCGAGAAGCAAUGUUCCUAUCGAUCUAGAGCUUGGUGCAGAUACAUACUCUGCAAUACAUAGAGAAGGUCGCAUAUUUACCGGACUUGGUGACGUCAACGCCUAUAGGACGGUACUGGGAUACAUCAUAUCCGGCCCUAUUCGGAAUCUAAAUCAAUAAGGCUUCCAUCGUCAUACUUACUUAGCCCUUAAAAUCUUGGAAUGUAACACUUGGUCAUGGGGGGCGGAAUGUUCAUGGUUGUGCUAUUUUUUUUAUCAUAGCUGCUGUGCUAGCUAAACGCAACAGGUAUGUGCCUAGCGGUCUGUCAUGUAAAACACACACGCACUCAUACCAACGUGCGUAUAUGCAGUCGCUGGGUACAUACUUGUUUGUUGUUAUUCAGCCAAACAAAUGUUCAUCGCCAACCACUGGCAGAUGAUAUUCUUUUCUUUUUGGUAAUUAUUCGAAGUCAAGCUUAACUCCCGUACGCAUAUAAACCCCCGCGACCAAGAAAAAAAAAAAAAAGAACAACAAAAAGAACCUGUGAGCAAGGAAAAAGAAAGAAAAAGUGAAAUUAAAUUGUACACAGCAAAGAAAUUAAGAACUGUUUGAAAUGUGAAAUUGUUUAAAAAUACUUACCAUCUAGAAAAUAAACAUACUUACCUAUAUUGUGAACCCUAAAUACCUACCUUGAAAUUAAAACAAAACAAAAACAAGAAGAAUACUUACCUAAGGAAAUUAGUGAAAUAAAAAUUGCAAGAAACACAAGAAAAAUUAUAAAAUUACUAACUACUUAUUAUCUACACUGUUAAAAUUUACCUACAUAUAUUUUCUUAAAACCUAAUUAUUGCACAAAGUGUUUAAACUAAUUUAUACUGCACUUACCUUAAUUUAUAUUGCACUUGCCUCGUUUUAUAUUGCACUUACCUAAUUAAGCUUAUACUACAUUGUAAAUAUUGCACAGUGGAACAAAAAAAAAAUACAAACCUGUGAAAAUAAACAAAUUGAAUUGAAACAAAAAAAGCAAU